AUGCGGCGAACACAGACCUUCCGUGAACCGACCCCUCGCAGCCCCAACCACCCAGGCCACACCCCACAAAAACGGUGUUUGGCUCAAGGCGACAACCCUGUUGAAGCUCCGGUUUGGCCCCAUCAUUGCCUCAGCUCCCGUCAGCUAGCAGAACCCAUGGCGGAAGGUCGUGUCUACAACUUCUCCGCGGGGCCCUCGGCGAUGCCUUUGGAGGUGCUGGAAGAGGUCCAGCGAGAAAUGGUGAACUACAAGGGCUCGGGGAUGAGCGUGAUGGAAAUGUCCCAUCGGUCGAAGGAGUUCAUGGCCAUUGCGGCUGAGGCGGAGAAGAACUUGAGGGAUAUCUUCGCAGUUCCCAGCGAUUACAAGGUGCUCAUGAUGCAGGGAGGCGCCACUCUGCAAUUCUCAAGCAUCCCAUUGAACAUGUUGGGAAGCAAGACCAAGGCCGAUUACCUCGUCACGGGACAAUGGGGUGAGAAGGCUCACAAGGAGUGCAACAAAUAUGGCACUGGCCAGUUGGCCUGCAAUACCAAGAGCACCAAGUUCACCACCAUUCCUCCCAAGUCGGAGUGGAAGUUGGACGCCGAGGCUGCAUAUGUGCACUACUGUGCCAAUGAGACAGUGAACGGCGUUGAGUUCAGUUACACACCUGAGGUGGGUGAGGUGCCACUGGUGGCUGACAUGUCAUCCAACUUUUGCUCCAAGCCGAUCGAGGUGAGCAAGCAUGCUUUCAUUUAUGCGGGGAUUCAGAAGAAUUUGGGUCCCGCUGGCAUGUCUGUGGGGUUUCUUCGCCCAGACUUUGCUGAUGGAAGCAAGGAGUCGAAGAUUUGCCCAACCUAUUGCAGCUUCAAGACCACCGGGGACAAUGGCUCCAUGUACAACACGCCUGCAUGCUUCACCUUGUACGUCAUGGGCGAAUACCUGAAGUACACCAAAAAGGUGGGUGGCCUUGCCUACUGGGCCGAGAUGUCCGAUAAGAAGAGCAACUUGCUCUAUGGCACCAUCGACGGCUCCAGCGGCUUUUACAAUUGCCCGGUGGAGAAGAGUGCCAGGUCUCGCAUGAAUGUGCCCUUCACCAUCAAUGGAGGUGACGAGGCAAUGGAGAAGAAGUUUCUGGACGAGGCCAAGAAGCAUAAGCUCUACACUUUGGCAGGCCAUCGCUCCGUGGGCGGUUGCCGAGCGUCCUUGUACAACGGACUGCCUCUGGAGGGUGUGGCCAAGCUCACCGACUUCAUGAAGUCCUUCAUGGAUGAGAACCGAAAGUGA